CACUGGAAGAGGGCAUUAAGAUGAAGGAACAAGGCCCUGCCAGGCCGUGGGAAGAUCCCUGGGGACAGAUGCCUACCCCUCCUUGAAAUGGCCUUGUUCUUGCAGCUUUUCGUGGAAAGACCUCUGGCUUGGAGCCCAUCUCUGGUCCCCGUUUGCUGUGUGACCUUGGGCAAGUCACUGCCUCUCUCCGGGCCCCUGUUAUCCCUAAAGCUUCCUCCAACGCUUAAACUCUUAAUUUUGCAGAAAAGCUUAUGCAGUUACAAGACUGGCCCUUCUACUGAGGCCCGCUUAGCCCAGAUGACGCGGAGUUGACCGAACCUUCUUUCUUCAGUCAUGGAUGGAAUGAGGCGACCUAUUUAUUGGGCCGCUUUUAUUCCUUGACCGUCGGUUACAAAUUGCAUGUCUCAAGGCUAAUUAAUGUUUUCCUAAAAUUGUCAUGGGAUCCUUGUCCUAAUUCUUGGCUAUCUUUUAAAAAUUAGAGACAGGCUGAGAAUUAGAGACAUGGUGAGCUUGUGGUAUCAUCGUCUCUGGUCUCGUUACUACUGAGGCUCUCUUUCUUUGAUCCAGAUGGUGUGGUGGCUCGAUUCUCCCAGUGCCUGGCUGAGUUUCGGACGUGGUUAAGAACCAACUGGUUGAGGUUCAAUGCAGACAAGACGGAUGUGAUGCUGUAGAAAAUGUGCAUCAGAUGUUUAUGUUUAAUUGGUUUACAGACUGUCUGUGGACUCUUUUCCUGUCAAAUUACCAGCCAUCUGUUGAGUCUUCAAGUCCAGAAAUGGAUGAAAUAUUUGACUGCCCAUGAAAGUACAGGAGGUUCGGCAACAUCAGAUGACCAUGAAUUUGAUCCAUCAGCUGACAUGCUGGUUCAUGAUUUUGAUGAUGAACGAACAUUAGAAGAGGAAGAAAUGAUGGAAGGAGAAACAAACUUCAGUUCUGAAAUAGAGGAUCUUGCAAGGGAAGGAGACAUGCCAAUUCAUGAACUUCUCAGUCUUUAUGGUUAUGAUAGUACUAUUCGACUACCUGAAGAAGAUGAGGAGGAGGAGGAAGAGGAAGAAGAAGGUGAAGAUGAUGAAGAUGCUGAUAAUGAUGAUAACAGUGGCUGUAGUGGGGAAAAUAAAGAAGAGAAUAUAAAGGACUCAUCAGGUCAAGAGGAUGAAACUCAGUCUUCCAAUGAUGAUCCCUCACAAUCUGUUGCUUCUCAAGAUGCCCAAGAAAUAAUCCGCCCACGUCGAUGUAAAUAUUUUGACACAAAUAGUGAAAUAGAAGAAGAAUCAGAAGAAGAUGAAGAUUAUAUUCCAUCAGAAGACUGGAAAAAGGAGAUUAUGGUGGGCUCCAUGUUUCAAGCAGAGAUUCCAGUCGGCAUUUGUAGAUACAAAGAAAAUGAAAAAGUAUAUGAAAACGAUGAUCAGCUCCUGUGGGAUCCUGAGUACUUACCAGAAGAUAAAGUGAUUGUAUUUCUUAAGGAUGCAUCUAGAAGAACAGGUGAUGAGAAAGGUGUAGAAGCAAUUCCUGAAGGAUCUCACAUAAAAGACAAUGAACAGGCAUUAUAUGAAUUGGUUAAAUGCAAUUUUGACACAGAAGAAGCAUUGAGAAGAUUAAGAUUUAAUGUAAAAGCAGCUAGAGAGGAAUUAUCUGUUUGGACAGAAGAAGAAUGUAGAAAUUUUGAACAAGGGCUGAAGGCCUAUGGGAAGGAUUUUCAUUUGAUUCAGGCUAAUAAACAACAUUUUGGGAUAAAAGAGUUUUCUAGCACUGCUGCUUGGAUUCAAACACUGUUGACCAAACCAUGCUGGAUUAUCUAUGGAGGGGACUCCUGGAGUGAUAAGCUGGUUCGAACAAGGUCAGUUGGUGAAUGUGUAGCAUUCUAUUAUAUGUGGAAAAAAUCUGAACGUUACGAUUUCUUUGCUCAGCAAACACGAUUUGGAAAAAAGAAAUAUAAUCUUCAUCCUGGUGUAACGGAUUACAUGGAUCGUCUUCUAGAUGAAAGUGAAAGUGCUGCUUCUAGUCGAGCACCGUCCCCUCCCCCAACUGCCUCAAACAGUAGUAACAGCCAGUCUGAGAAAGAAGAUGGCACUAUAAGCAAUAGUAAUCAGAAUGGGAUGUCAUCUAAUGGACCAGGGGAAAUGUUGAACAAAGAAGAAAUCAAAGUUGAGGGGUUACAUGUUAACGGACCAGCAGGUGGAAAUAAGAGACCACUUCAUGCAGAUAUGGAUACUAAUGGUUAUGAAACAGACAACCUUACCACUGACCAAAAACUUGGCCAUAUGACUGCAAGAAAUGAAAAUGAUUUUGAUGAGAAAAGUGAGAGACCUGCCAAAAGGCGAAGGGUAAACAGCAAUGGAAAAGAAAGUCCAGGUUCUUCAGAAUUUUUCCAAGAAGCAAUGUCACAUGGAAAAUUUGAAGAGCUUGAAAACACAGAUGACUAAAUCUUAAACUUAUUUUACUUUCUUUGGAGUAAAAUCUGGUGUGACUAAAAUUUUCAGGGUUGAUGGGUUACCUUAAAAAGUUGAUUUCCUUGAAGCAGUUGGUUAAAAUUUUGAAAAUUUGAAUUGAGUCCUAACUUUAGUAAAUAAGAUUUCAUAAUUCUGCCCUUUGUAGACUUUUUACUUUAAAAAGUGUAAAGACUUUGUUAAGGAUAUAACAAAUAGUUUAGUAAAUCUGAAUGAACUACAGAAAUAUCUGUACCUUCUCAUUUGCUGUAUUAAUCUUAAAAGGUCACUUACAGGUACUUUUUGCUUAGUUUGAUGGCAGAGAAGAAAAAACCAAGUUCAAAUUUCUGUUUGACACCAGUUUCUCUGAGUUUCUUGAAAUGUCUUUAUCUUUUAUAUGAGACAUUUUUCUCUCCAUACAAAUUGAGUGUCAUUAUUAAGGAAACCCUUAUGAAUCCUGAAAGUUAUGCUAGCAUGAUUUUUUUAUAUAUAGAAGUUUAAAAAUAAACCAAGUCAGGUUUGUAUAUGUAAAAUUGUUGACAUCAAUGAUGUCUUUCCAUAUUCUUAUCUGGGCUUAAGAAAUACAUUCUGUAUUUUUCCAGAUUCUUUGUAGCCUUUGAAAGAUUUUUACAGUACAUAUGUCUUGACUGAGCUGUCCUUUCUUAAUACAAAAGCUUGUAUAAUUUUCUUAACUUGUACAGUUGGUAAACUUUUAUGAGAGGAAUUGA